AUGGCACUCUUCAGGCUGAUCAAUCUUGCUUCCAUACUUGCCGCCUGCGUCAACGCAAAAUGGAUCGUCCCCGGUGCGCGUUGGCUAGACACCGACGGCAACAUAUUCAAUGCGCAUGCCGGUGGUCUCUGCGUAGAUCGUGACUCUGGUCGGUUCUACUGGUUUGGGGAGUACAAGGUCGAGGGCCAGGUCGAAGGCGGCGGGAUAUCGGUCUAUAGCUCAGACGACCUUGCUACCUGGGAAUCCCAUGGGCUGGCUCUGGAGCCUAUCGAAGGUCAUUCUUAUAUCUCGCCUCAUAACCGCAUCCAGCGGCCGAAGGUCAUAUACAGCGAGGAGACGGGCCAGUACCACAUGUGGUGGCACGCCGACGACGACAACUACUCGCUGCUCCUCCAGGGCCUCGCAACGUCUGAUAAUAUCGCUGGCCCAUAUAAAUUUGUCGAUGCGACCUCCCCACUGGGCAACUGGUCGCAGGACUUCGGUGCCUUCACUGAUUUCAAGACCGGGCGCUCAUACGCUCUAUACUCAAACGGCGACACCGUAGAAGGCCGCGACGUGUACCUCAGCCGAUUCAACGAAAACGCCACAGCUGUCGAGGAGGUCACGUAUCGGUUUCCGAAGUAUGACUUCGAGGCUCCUACCAUCCUGCAGACAGAGAGGAGCUACUACGCUCUCAUGAGCCAUAAAACUGGAUACCGACCAAAUAAUGUUGUUGCGAUGCGCGCGGAUAGCCUUGAAGGCCCUUGGUCACAGCCCUUCUUCGUCGCGCCAGCGUAUACCCGGACCUUCAGCACGCAGUCGGGGUUUUCGUGGAGAAUCGAUGGCACCAGGAAGACUACGUAUCUGUAUAUGGGGGACCAGUGGGACAUGAAUUCACUCUGGGAAAGUCGAAACGUCUGGCUUCCUAUCGAGAUUGAUGAGCGAGAGGGUAGUCUGGAGGUUGUUUGGCACGACAUCUAUGACCUUGACGUCAAAACCGGUGAGUGGAAGCCCAUAAAAGGCAAGACGUAUAUCUCGAAGGAUGUCAAUUUGGCUGGAGAGGCCCAUCUUCAAGAAGCGAGAUUCGGCAGCGAAAACAGAAUCGCGACUGGCAUCUACGGCAAUGAUAGCACCAUUACAUUCACUGUCCAAGGUCAAGACGCUGAGCAGUGGGUCUCCUUCUACCAUCAAAAUAUCGAUGACAUGGGCUUUGGCGACCAACCCAUGGGCCAACCCGAUCGUAUUAACGGCACCUGGCAGCUGCGGCGCGUAAGCAGUGUCGUGGUUAAUGGGGACACGGACAAUGUGCAUACGCUGUACCAGAAAGACACGCACAAGGGCAUUAUUCUCUCUACGCCCUUGCUGCUUCCUCUUAAAAAAGGGUCGAAUACCAUUACUGUUGGUGGACUGUAUAAUGGAUUUGAUUACAAGGGCGCGGAUCUGGAUAGGAUUGUGGUUUAUCCGCCUGAGAAGGCCAAGAGGUCGUUUUGGGAUAGGAUAGUAUAUGGCUAG